CUGCGACGUGGCUCAUCGCAGUAGUGGCAAGUCUCCAUCGUAAGUAACCACCAGGAGCUGGGCACACUCGCAGCAGCAACAGUGGUAGCAUCAGCAUCAGCAUCAGCAGCAGCAGCAGCAGCAGCAGCAGCAGCAGGGAUGGCGUCCUCGGUCCGGCUAAGUUUGCUGGCGCUCGGAGCUGGGCUGCUGAUGAUAGGUCGCAUCUCUGCCCAGACUCGCUCCAGUAGCGUCUCUGUUCAGACAAUCAACAACGCUGACAGUCUGGAGUCAACUUUUGCUGUAUUGGGGUGGCGCCAGUGCCUUCCUAUGGAUUUUAACUCGUCGCCAUCAUGGUACUCGGCUAAGGAGUGCAACAGCAAAGUCACGAACGGCGGUGGUGUGCCUGCCGAGUGCGCCGGCGUCCCGGCGCUCGUGCAGUUAUACAACUGUUUGGCUCAUAGUCGGUAUCAAGUGGACACCGUUGACGGAAACCUAUGCUUCAACGUCACCCUGAAGGAAAGCCUGCUGCUCUCCUACUCCAAAGACGCGAGCUGGCAUGACGCCCAGGAGAACAGGGACGUCGCCUGCCGCCUGAUGUCGUCUGCCGCGCUGAAACCACGGCAGCAGGCCGUCUACAGCUACCUCUGCGCACGCUUCUCCUUAUUUGCCGACUGCGAAAGUCAGCGCAGCCAGACGCCAGACGACCUGGACGACGUGAGUCUGACACAGCGCAUCAGCUUCCUGCAAGGAAACUGCCCGAUGAGCCCUAACAGCAUGCUGGAUGCUUUCGGCGAGAUAACUGGACACACCAACAUGGAAUGCGGCCAGAGACCGAACAGCGAGACUUUGAAAGAACAGUAUUACGACGCCAUCAAACACGUCAGCUGCCUCCUGCAGGACUUCAUUGGCGACGACGACCACCUGAAUUUUUACGGUCUGGUGGACGCCCUGGCCAAGAAGUUCGGCGGCUACUGGUCGGUUCCUCUGCAGUGGCUGGACGACAGCUGCAGUCCGCUAGCACUCAACAUUCCUGAGAUCACUGUCAACCAGUUCAUCGACUGCUGGGCCUCCCGCGGCCUGGCCUACUGCGCCUUCUCAGAUGCCAAUCUGCUGGCACUGGAUAUGCCCGAGUCUUGUGCUAUUGUCGCAUACUAGUCAAACCAGAAUACGGCCGAUGUGGAAAGAAACUUAGGUUUUCUGAAUGAAGAGAAAUGGCAUGGACCCAGUGAGCCUUGAGCUUGUUCUGGGUGUGUUAUUCAAUCUAUAACCAACGAGAUCAUAGCUCCGUGCGAUAGUCUGAAGUCUGAACAAUAAUUCCUGUACGAACCUGCAUUUUGACGUGAGCAAUCUCUUGAGCGUAGGGACGCUCUAUGAAAAGGCAUUAUGUUUAUGACAUGGUCCAUGAUGAUUAUUCCGAUGCUCUGCCUACGGGAAAACUUAUAACCGUAUUUAUUGUACGCAACUUUGGGUGUUUAUUGUUUGUUCUCUUCGUAAGGCAGCCUCGGGAACGGAUCAGGACAGCCAAUAAAUUUUGUUCAUAGUCCGCUUACUUUUCAUAGGCCAAACCGUGUUGCAACAAACGGUGAAUCGUUGUCAACAUCGUAUUUUUUUGCCAGCAUUAGGGGCAAUGGAUGAAAUAACUUCUCCUAGACACCGUGCGCAAUGAAGCUUGACACUGGUGUGCACUGUGCAGGUUUGUUGAUUGUCGGCAAACAUCUGAUGUCUCCUAAAUGUAUUCAUAGUAUCCCAUGCACGUCUGCCCCUAAGAAACUGCAGUCCUCUCAG